CCACAGUUCUCAUUGUGACUUCGGUAUCAACAAACCGUAAUUGAUCGAAUUGAAUUUAUUGUUGAAGUAAAUCGGAAGUAAAUAAAUUUUUAAAAUGGCACCGCACUGGGAAGAAGAACGCCAUCACCAUCAUCAUCAUCAUAAUCGGCCCAUCAUUGAAGUGGAUAUUGUAAAUCCUAUGUCUAGGCCCUAUGUGCCACCGCCUCGUCCUGUUGUAGAAGUAGACAUAGUGAAUCCUAGGCCUUAUGUUCCACCGCCUCGUCCUGUUGUUGAAGUUGAUAUAGUGAAUCCCAUGUCUAGGCCCUAUGGACCACCACCACCACAGCGUGUGACAACAGAGGUUUAUGUACCACCCCAACAGUACGCCCCUCCUCCACAAAGAGAAAUCGUCAUUGUUGAAAACCGUCCACCUCCACCCCGCGAGCACUGGGAUAAUUCUCCACGCUGGUAAUAUUUUCCUGGAAAAUACCCACAUAAUUUGUGUGUGAUAAAAUCAUUUAUUUAAACACUAUUAAUAUUAAUUCGCAAACUUACACUUUUGAACACUUUUAUGAUACAAAGAAAAAUAUUUAUUGUAAUAAAUUUCUUACUAUAUUCCAAAUUAAGUUUGUAUCUUUUUUCGUAA